AUGGAGAAGUCCGGGCGGGGAGGCGAUGGCGCCCCCCGGGGGCCUGUACUGCACAUCGUGGUGGUUGGCUUUCAUCACAAGAAGGGCUGCCAGGUUGAAUUCUCUUACCCACCCCUGAUUCCAGGAGAUGGACAUGACAGCCACACUUUACCUGAAGAAUGGAAGUAUUUGCCCUUCCUUGCCUUACCAGAUGGCGCACACAACUACCAGGAAGAUACUGUAUUUUUUCACUUGCCACCCAGAAAUGGAAAUGGAGCUACAGUAUAUGGUAUCUCCUGCUAUCGGCAAAUUGAAGCCAAGGCAUUGAAAGUGCGGCAAGCAGAUAUCACCAGAGAGACGGUUCAGAAAAGUGUCUGUGUUCUAAGCAAGUUGAUUAGCUUUCUUGUUAACAUUGUAGGUCUGUCUCCUCGAGAUCUUGUGCUUCAUUUUCGACAUAAGGUCUUAAUCCUGUUUAAACUAAUUCUUCUUGAAAAAAAGGUUCUCUUUUAUAUUUCUCCAGUGAAUAAAUUGGUGGGUGCCCUGAUGACUGUGUUAUCCCUUUUUCCAGGCAUGAUUGAACAUGGUCUCAGUGACUGUUCUCAGUACAGACCCCGAAAGAGUAUGUCUGAAGAUGCUGGGCCUCAUGAAAGUAAUCCACCUGCAGAUGAUUUGGUUUCUAUGUCCGCUCCUGAAAUUUUAAAUACCAACUCAGGAACUGUUAAGAAAAUCAUGACAGGGAACCAUGGAGGAGAUGCUGGCAUCAAGACUGAAGAACCUUUGCUCCAAGCGGAAGAGGACAGCAGCAAAGGACAGGAACCCAAUGAUACCAGUCAAUAUUUGAAACCUCCUUCUCGCCCAUCUCCAGAAUCUUCAGAAAGUGACUGGGAGACCUUGGAUCCUAGUGUCUUGGAGGACCCCACCUUGAAAGAAAAGGAACACACGGGGUCAGAACAGACAAACUCAUUUCCAAAGGAGUCUGUGCCCUCAGACAGUCCUCCAAUUACUGUACAACCUCAAGCUAAUACAGGCCAGGUGGUCCUGAUACCAGGGCUAAUUUCUGGUUUGGAAGAGGACCAGUAUGGCAUGCCCCUGGCCAUCUUCACAAAGGGAUAUCUGUGUCUGCCAUAUAUGGCAUUGCAGCAGCACCACCUUCUCUCUGACGUCACCGUUCGCGGAUUUGUUGCCGGGGCUACUAACAUCCUCUUCCGACAACAGAAGCACCUCAGUGAUGCCAUUGUGGAGGUGGAAGAAGCUCUGAUCCAGAUCCACGAUCCGGAACUCAGGAAGCUGCUUAACCCAACCACCGCAGACCUCAGGUUCGCAGAUUACCUAGUGAGGCACGUGACGGAGAACCGAGAUGACGUCUUCCUGGAUGGCACAGGCUGGGAGGGAGGUGAUGAAUGGAUCCGAGCCCAGUUUGCAGUCUACAUCCACGCGCUGCUGGCUGCCACGCUGCAGUUAGAUAAUGAAAAGAUACUAUCGGACUAUGGGACAACCUUUGUUACAGCAUGGAAGAAUACUCACAACUACAGGGUGUGGAACAGCAACAAGCAUCCGGCACUUGCAGAAAUAAAUCCAAAUCAUCCUUUUCAAGGCCAGUACUCAGUGUCAGACAUGAAGUUAAGAUUCUCACAUUCUGUUCAAAACAGUGAACGUGGCAAAAAAAUUGGAAACGUCAUGGUCACAACCAGCCGAAAUGUUGUACAAACAGGAAAAGCUGUUGGCCAAUCAGUUGGAGGAGCUUUUUCCAGUGCAAAGACAGCUAUGUCUUCCUGGCUUUCCACUUUCGCCAGUCCCGCCCCCCAGAGUCUCACUGAGCCGCCCGACGGGAAGCCCUGA